AUGGGCUCAAAGAUUGAUGACCGUCCAUCUGUAACCCUCACCCAGGGUACUGUGGUUGGUACCGUUGUGAAAGAUGACAUCCCCCGGCCAAUUGAAGCCUUCCGCGGCAUCCCGUAUGCCCUUCCCCCAACCGGCGACCGCAGGUUCCGGCCCCCGGUGAAGGUGGAACCGUCGACGGCAACGAUCGACGCCUCCAAAUUCGGCGCCGUCGCGCCGGGCAAGCAACUCUUCCCCGGCGGUCCCAAAUUUGAAUACAGCGAGGAUUGUCUUACUGCAAAUGUAUUCCGCCCCCAGACUCGGAAUGGCGAUAAGCAGUUGUUGCCCGUCGCCGUGUACAUCCACGGCGGCGCCUUCAACCGCGGCACAUCCAUGAUGCACAACACACCCUCCUUCCUCGCCAACUCGGGCCAGGACCUUGUUGCAGUCUCCUUCAACUACCGCAUAGGUGCCCUUGGUUUCCUGCCAUCCUCAAUGAGUUAUGAACAGGGCGCCCUCAACCUUGGUCUGAAAGACCAACUGCUCCUGCUGGAAUGGGUCCGUGAUAACAUCACCGCAUUCGGAGGUGAUCCCAACAACGUGACUCUCUUCGGCAUCUCUGCCGGGGGACACUCUAUCGGCCACAUUUUGAUGCAGGACGAAGGCCAAACAUCUCCACCCCUCUUCCACAAAGUAAUCCUCGAAUCUGGAGCCCCGACCUCACGAGCCGUCCGCCCGUAUAGCGCCCCGAUCCACGAAGCCCAAUUCGCCGAUUUCCUCAAGGAAACAGGUUGCCCCUCCGGUUUAUCGUCGGCCGAAACCUUCGCCUACCUCCGUAGCGCGCCAUCCGAAAAGGUCCAGGCUGCCCAAAUCGCCGUGUUCGACAAGUACAAUCCCUCCCUCCGCUGGGCUUUCCAGCCUGUCAUUGAUGGAGAGGUCAUUCCGCGCACACCGAUGGAGUCCUGGCGACUGAACAAGUGGCGCAAGGUACCCAUCAUGACGGGCUUCAACCGCAACGAGGGGUCAAUUUAUAUCAACAAGUCGGUCUCGAAAUCCGAAGAGUUUACAAAAUUCUUUGCAGACCUGUUGCCGUUACUAUCGAAGGAGGACGUUGAGACAAUUGAUAAACUCUACCCGGACCCUCUGACCGUGUCUGAUUCACCGUACAAGGAGGAGCUGGAGGGCACCGGGGCGCAGUAUCGCCGGUUGGAGAUCGCGUACGGGCAGUACGCAUAUGUUGCUCCCGUCCGGCAAACGGCGGAGCUGGCAAGCAAGUCCACCGAGGAGCCGGUGUACUUGUAUCAAUGGGGUCUCGAGAGUUCGUUGCUCGAUAGGGCGCGACACGGUGAGAACAUGUACUAUGAGACGUGUGAACCUAGCAAGACCAAGAUCUCUGCGACGCAGAAGGAGUUAUGUCUGACGUACAAUGCCUAUAUCACGAGUUUUAUUGCGUCAGGAGACCCCAAUGCGACCAAGGGGUCGGCCCCGGAUAGGCCUGUGUGGGAAAGGUACCGGUCUGAGAGUCCCAAGGCCAUGGUCUUUGGAGAGGAGAACAAGGAGUUGAUUGGUGGUCCGGCGGGCGUUCCGGCGCGGUUACACGAUGAUACCUGGGCCAGAAAAGAGUCUGAGUUUUGGUGGAGCAAGGUUGAUGUAUCACAGCAGUAA